UAUUUGACGUUUGGUUUUGUGAGCCUCAGCAACAGCAGUUGUUUCCUGUUUUGUAUUUGUUUUAAAUUUUUAUUUACUUUAAGUUAAAUCGUUUUAUUUCAUUUCUGAUUCUCGGUUUGCAUUUCAACUGGCACGGUCGUGUCUGAUAGCAAUAAUUUCCAAGUCUUAAUCUCUUUGAUACUCAAGCAAAUAUUGUAUAAAACUGAAUUUAACGUUCUGCUUUUCAAGUUUAAUUCAAAGUCAACAUGGCCGGCGGCAGCGUGCUGUGGUUCCGUCACGGGUUGCGAUUGCACGACAACCCAUCUUUGAACGACGCCUUGGAAGACAAGGCCGCUCCCUUCUUCCCGAUGUUCAUUUUCGACGGAGAAACUGCUGGAACCAAACUGGUUGGCUACAACCGCAUGCGCUAUCUUCUGGAGGCGCUCAACGACCUGGACAACCAGUUCAGGAAGUAUGGCGGCCGGCUGCAUAUGAUCAAGGGAAAACCUGACGUUGUGUUCAAACGAUUGUGGAAAGAAUUUGGUAUCCGUAAGAUAUGUUUCGAGCAAGACUGCGAGCCGAUCUGGCGCAUGCGCGACGAGAGCGUGCGCGGGCUGUGCCGCGAGCUGGGCGUGGCGUGUCGCGAGAGCGUGUCGCACACGCUGUGGGACCCCGACACCGUCAUACGCGCCAACGGUGGCAUCCCGCCCCUCACUUAUCAGAUGUUUCUGCACACAGUGGACAUCAUAGGUGACCCGCCGCGGCCCGUUGCAGAUGUAGACCUGAGUGGGGUUAACUUUGCCGCUCUACCCGACAACUUCUACACGGCGUUUACAGUGUUUGAAAAGGUCCCGAAACCUGAAGAUUUGGGUAUUUUCCUGGAGAACGAGGACAUCCGCAUGAUCCGCUGGGUGGGCGGGGAGACGGCCGCUUUGAACCAGAUGCAGAAACGCUUGGCUGUGGAGUAUGAGACGUUUCGCAGGGGUGCGUAUUUACCGACGCAUGGUAGUCCCGACCUCUUAGGUCCUCCGAUAUCGUUGAGUCCUGCGCUUCGUUUUGGUUGUUUGUCUGUUCGCCGGUUUUACUGGUCUCUUCAAGACUUGUUCAAGCAGGUACAUCAGGGACGCCUUGGUUCCAGCCAGUUCAUUAAUGGUCAACUGAUCUGGCGCGAGUACUUCUACACGAUGAGCGUGAACAACCCGCUGUACGCGCAGAUGAGCGGCAACCCCAUCUGUCUGGACAUCCCGUGGAAGGAGCCCGAAGGUGACGAAUUGCAACGUUGGAAGGAAGGGCGCACGGGCUUCCCGUUCGUGGACGCGGCGAUGCGCCAACUGCUCACGGAGGGCUGGCUGCACCACGCCGUGCGCAACACGGUGGCGUCGUUCCUGACGCGCGGCACGCUGUGGCUCUCCUGGGAGCACGGGCUCCAGCACUUCCUGAAGUAUCUGCUGGACGCUGACUGGUCCGUAUGCGCCGGCAACUGGAUGUGGGUGUCGUCCAGCGCGUUCGAGGCGCUGCUGGACUCGAGCGAGUGCGUGUGCCCCGUGCGCCUCGGCCGCCGCCUCGAGCCGACCGGACACUACGUGCGCAGAUACGUGCCCGAGCUGGCCAACAUGCCUGUGCAGUACAUCUACGAGCCGUGGAGCGCGCCGCUGCACGUGCAGCAGAAGGCGAAGUGUGUCAUCGGGCGCGACUACCCCGCACCCGUUGUUGACCACCGCGCGUGCGAGCACCGCAACCGCAGCGCUAUGCAGGAGUUGCGUCGCGUGCUGGACAAGGCGCCGCACUGCUGCCCGUCGUCCGACGACGAGAUCCGCCAGUUCAUGUGGCUCGGGGACGAGAGCCAGCACGAGCUCGACACCGCCUGAGUUACCUUACGUCUCGUCAUUUGUGUAAUGUGAAACUUUUUUCCAUAGCCAUCCAUCGUUUUCCACAAGAUUUUUCGUCCAUCCAUGUCGUAUUACACUCUGCCGCAAAGAUUUUUUUUUAAUUUAAUGUCACAGUCACAGUAGCAGUGGUAUGCGCAGUGGAUUUACAAGUCGGGGAGGUCCUGGGUUCGAUCGCCAGCUGGGCCGGUUGAGGUUUUCUUAAUUGGUCCGGGUCUGGCUGGUGGGAGGCUUUGGCCGUGGCUAGUUACCACCCUACCUACAAAGACGUACCGCCAAACUAUUUAGCGUUCCGGUACGAUGUCGUGUAGAAACCGAAAGGGGUGUGAAUUUUCAUCCUCCUCCUAACAAGUUAGCCCGCUUCCAUCUUAGACUGCAUCAUCACUUACCAUCAGGUGAGAUUGUAGUCAAGGGCUACUUGUAAUGAAUAAAAAAAAAAGUCAACCCUUGACUGCUAUACUGUUCAACUAUUAGUCUGACUACAAUAGUUGCAGGAUCAUCAUUAACGACCCUUUUUUGGCUCACGGUUGAGCACGAAUCUCCUCUCAGAUUGAGAGGGGUUAGGCUAAUAGUUCACCUCAAGUUUAGUCUACCCAUACCUCUGAUAGUUUCCACGCGGCAUCGUAUCGGAACGCUAAAUCGCAUGGCAGUACUUCUUUGCCGGUAGGGUGGAGUAGGGACAAAAUAAAAGGCGCUCGGCAUAGCAGACAAGGCCAAAAUGGCGGCGCUCAUGGCUCAUCAGCCUACCGUGUAGCCUUUAUAUUUAUUCGAUUUCAAUGAAAAGCCUCAAUAGCUCAACGGUAAGAGCGGUCGGACUCAUCACCGAGGGGUGAUGGUUAUUUAUUUAUUUUUUUAUUUACUAGCGGACGCCCGCGACAUCGUCCGCGUGGAAACCAAUGUAGAAUUUCAACCACUAUUUCAUUACUUUAGGGGUUCAAUUUUUAAAAUUAUUGAAUUACGUUAUAUUUCUAAUUUUUCUAAUGAUUUAUGAACAAAUUUUUAAAACUGUAACUCUAAAAAUGAAGGACUUUUCAUACAAACUUUCAACCCCUAUUUCAUUUUCAUUUUAGGGUCAAAAAGUACCCUAUGUUUUGCUCCAAAAUACCAUUUACCAUCAUACCAAAAUUCAUCUUGAUCGGUUUAGCCGUUUAGCCGUAAAAAGUAACAAACAGACAGACAGACAGACUUACUUUCUCAUUUAUAAUAUUAGUAUAAAGUAUUCUACAAAAUACAUGUUAAAAUUAAGCCUAACCUUAAUGCAACACAAACCACAGUUGGUUUUACUGUUUGAUCCCCGCCCCGUUGGUCUAUUAUCGUACCCACUCCUAAUACAGUCUUUCCCGACCAGUCGGAGGGGAAUGGGAAUAUUGGUCAUAUUUAAACAAAUAUAACAAUAAUUUAAACAAAAAGAAAAAAAAAUUAAAAAUUCGUGCAAGUCCCCGCGGUAUUUUUCUGAGGUUGGGAAAAAAGUUUCACUUGCGUCGUCGAUUAAAAAAACAACUCAAUGUUUCAUAUAAUCUUGAAUGUUUAGACGUGUAUUGUCUGUGUUUCAGUGUGUAGUGCAAUGUGUUAUAUGUGGAUAUUUGACUUUGCUUUGUCCUCUCUUGUAAGCCAUAAGUUUUUAAUAAAAGAUUACAGUUCGUGCGCUGUAGCAUGAUGCGGGUGACAGUUUGUAUGACGUUCAUAGUACGUACUAUUAUCGUGAAUCGCGACAAACUUUCAAUAAUGAAACGAACUGUCAUCCGCACCAUGCACGUGCACGAACUGUAAUUUAACAGGUCUGGUCUACAGUAUACAUGCUGCGCGAUUUUGAGCUCGAGACAUAUUGGUCUUAAGUUGUCUACGUAGACAUAGUAGGGUUGCCAACAUUUUUUCAGAUUUACCUAUCAAAAAAUAUAGGACGCCUAAAUAAAAUAUUUUAUGGAGUAAGCAAAAAAAUGACAUUUAAAUCGACAUUUAAAAAAAAAACAACAUUUUUUCACUCUUAUUUUUCAAGAUUUAUUUAUCUGAAAUAAGAGUGUCAUAUGCUUUUUCACAUCUCAUUUCUUUUUUAACUUUUGUAAUGGUCGAAUACAUAAUUAUACUGUGUGUAUUCUCAACAAAUAAAUAAAUUAUUGAAUUAAUUUUUGAUAACCGAAAGCGAUUUUUUGUCUAAUUUAUUAGUUUAAUGUUUGGAACUCAGUAAGAUAAAUAGAUAGAAAAUAUACUAUUAUUGCGUACUAUAUAUUUCUUCAACAGUAGACAACCGAAAUAUAGUACAAUACAUUAUAUAAUGACGGCCUCCGUGGCGCAGUGGUAUGCGCGGUGGAUUUACAAAACGGAGGUCCUGGGUUCGAUCCCCGGCUGGGCAGAUUGAGAUUUUCUUAAUUUGUCCAGGUCUGGCUGGUGGGAGGCUUCAGCCGUGGCUAGUUACCACCCUACCGGCAAAGACGUACCGCCAAGCGAUUUAGCGUUCCGGUACGAUGCCCCUUUCGGUUUCUAUACAAACCGAAAGGGGUGUGGAUUUUCAUCCUCCUCCUAACAAGUUAGCCCGCUUCAUCACUUACCAUCAGGUGAGAUUGUAGUCAAGGGCUAACUUGUAAAGAAUAAAAAAAAAAAAAAACAAAAAAAAAAAUAUAAUAGUACGGUUGGCAACCCUAGUACAUAGUCCAUUACUCAUCUGGACCUCUUGACAGCAAAGGACCUCAUGGAACUUUGCUACCAAAGAGUGUUACCAAUCUAUGGCCGCUGAUAUGAACUGACAAACUUAGGGAUGUGCAAUAUAUCUAUAUGUAUUUGUGUUAUUUGAUAAUAGGUAUAUAAUAACUAUAUUUCUUUUGUUGACUUACCUUUGAAUUGGGGCUAAACAAGGUAGUACAAAUAAUUUUUUUUUUCAAGAUUUCCGAAACUGAAGUGAAUGUGAUUUUUUUGACCAAAAUCGUCUUGCCAAAGGUAUUAAAAAGACAGGUAAAUAAUUUACCUUCUGCAUGUUUUGCUGUCUAGUGAUAUUUUAGUUUCUUAAGUAAUUUUAUACAUAACUUUAAGUUUAAAUUCCAUUUUUGUUAAGUUAUUUUUUAUAGGUCUUUGUUAUAGUUUCUAAUCAAAAAAGCAAACAAAAGUAUUUGACUUUCCACUUUUGGUAAAGUUAAUAAUUAAGGUAAAAUAAAAGAAAUUUUUUAGCAUUUACAGUUCAGAUAGUAAGGCUAAUAUGGCUGUUUAUUAGGAUUUUAUUUAUUUACCAUAUUUUUAUCUACUCAACUGCUGGUUAACAGGUUUAUAAAUUGUAACUUUUUCAAUGGAAUCUCAGUCAUUUACUACGGAACAGCAGGGUAUUGUAUUUAUACAAAAAAAACAUAAUAUUUAUUUGCCAAAAUAUAUAUGUUUAAAAAAAUGUAUUUUAUGAAAUCAAUUUUAAUAACAAAUUAUAUUUUAUAUAUUUAAUUAUAUUUAAUAAAUGUUAUCGAUGUUGUACAAUGAAAAUUUUAAAAGACAAA